AUGGCCAGUCGCUCUCUCAAGCCAGCGUCAUAUCUGGCCUCCGCAGCACAGCAGACACCAAGCCGGAGCCCACGUCCAUCCUUUGCUCGUACCAGCUCAGCAUCGUCGAAUGUCUCCUCCAAAAGCGACGACUCCUUUGGCACGUCGCUACGAACAAUGAACACAGGCUCAACUGCCGAAGGGAAUACGGCGCCUGUGAAGGACCAUGUCAGUAAAUCUGGCAGCGCUUCAUCUCCGUGCAUCGUCGCUCUUGUUAAGGCAGUGAAAGUGCAAGCCAAGCCAAGGCAGUGA